GGUGUAUCCCGAACAAGUAGAGAGAUUAAAGAGGGGUACUCGCUUUUUUCUCGAUCUUUAAUUCAGGUCAAGAGUAUCCUUGCCUUUUUAGACACACCCCGUUUGCCACGGGCUACUCGUAUCGAGGACUACCUUUUAUGGUUCUAUCUUUGAAAGCGAGAGGCGUCCAAUCGUUUAAAGAUCAUUCCGGCAAAGAUCGUUCGCACUUUUAUCCACUUUGUUCGCGGAUUUAAUCUCGUUCGAACGUCUCUCCCGGUAUCAACGUUACUUUCUUUCUUCAUUCUCUUUUUCACUUUCUAUUUCUCUUUUGGGAUAAAGUUGAUACGAUCAUUAGUAAUAUCAUUAGAAAUAAUAGAAGAAAUAUAUUCUUUCAUUUCCUUUCCGUUGGAUUAAUUUUGUUUGAUUUCUUUUUUUUUUGCCUUCUAUUAACUUAUUUUAAAAUGACAAUGAUUCAUAUAUAUUAGUGUUAACAAAUAAAAGAACAUUCAAUGUAAUUGAAUCUUUCUAUAGCUAUUGUGAGUUUUAAAAUACGUUAAGUUCAAUUGAUUAGGCAGAAUGUAUGGAUACAGUUAUCAGGAAUUGACUAAUAGGAUGAUGUCAUCUAUGGAGGAGUUUCAGGAAGCAUUUCAGCUCUUUGAUAGCCGUGGUGAUGGAAAAAUUCAUGUCGCUCAAAUUGGUGAUGCAUUGCGUGCACUUGGACAAAACCCUACGGAAUCGGAUGUAAAGAAAUUCACUCACCAACACAAACCAGAUGAACGGAUUAGCUUCGAAGUAUUUUUACCAAUUUAUCAAGCCAUCAGUAAAUCCCGUACGUCUGAUACAGCUGAUGAUUUUAUCGAAGGAUUACGUCAUUUUGAUAAAGAUGGAAAUGGUUAUAUAUCGUCUGCCGAAUUGAGACAUCUUCUAACAACAUUGGGUAUCUACAUCUUACCCUGCAGGUGAAAAAUUAAGCGACGAAGAGGUAGAAACGUUACUAGCGGGCCACGAGGACUCACAGGGUAACAUUAAUUAUGAAGACUUUGUCCGUCAAGUGAUGUGCGGAUAAAUAGUUACUUAAUUUUGUACAUGAAGUUAUUAACAUUUAAUUUUUAUAGUUCUCAAGUCUAUUCAAACUUUUACUUUGGAAAACCUUCAUAUCAUAGCGUAUGCGUAUAAAAAUUUCUCUUUAAAGAAACUAAUGCUACGUAUCACAUAUUUUGUUAUAUAUCAUGGGGAGAAAACUAACCAUUUUUUCAUGUAAGAUUAAAUAUUAGUUAACAAAUGGUAGAGAUAAAUGAAGAUCUAGCGCAUCGUGCCUUGACCUACUCCAAUUUACGAGCAUUUAGUGAUAUUGAGAGAAACACAAAACUGUAGAUUGUGCGAACAAACACAUUAUAAGAAUUUGACGUUUCCUUCACAAUUUCAUGAAGUUAGAUUGAAUUUUUCAUCAAAUUCCUACAAUUCUGAGCCAUCGAUAAAGAGAAUAUAAUAAAAUUUCUUUAUUUGCAUUUAUUAGCUCGCUAUAAAAAUCCAUGCGCCGCUUUUACAUAACUAUGAGAAAAAAGUAAAAAGGAAGAAGAAAAAGAAAAACGAAAAGAAGAAUAAAAUUGUCAUUUUAUAUUUACUUAUUAUAUCUAAUGUAAUUUUUAUUUUCUUAAACGCUAUAAAAAAAGAAAGGAAAAGAAAAGGAAAAAGACAAAAAGGAAAAAAAAGAAAAAUUAAUAAAUAAAACGCUGUAUGUUAAGAUAUAAAUAAAUAAAUAAAUUUACUCUAUAAUUAUUUUAGCAUUAUAACGUACGACAUCCUUAGUGGAAUAAACCGAUUAAAGUAAA